CAACAGUUCCAUCUUCAAAGCUGCUUCUUUCUUCAAUCUUCAGUUCGUCAAUAGUGACUGCUCUCUUUGUCAACCAAUCACAAUUUAGAAUUUUCAGUCUAUCAUUUUUAACUUAAAUACUGGUUCUUAUAGUGAUAUAUAGAGAGAGACAAAGAGUCUAACUUGAAAGUUUUUCUCUUUCAAAACCUAGUGACACUUCUUCUGUGUCAGAGUUUGUGAAGUGAACCCCAUCAACAGAGUCCCAUAAUAAUCAUGAAGAAAGGAAACUUGGGUCUUGGUCUCAAACUCUCAGUUCCUGUCUCUGAUCAAUCUAAUUUUGCCAAGUUCCUGACUGAAAGUGGGACUUUUAAGGAUGGGGAUCUGCUUGUCAACAGGGAUGGAGUUCGAAUUGUCUCUCAGAAUGAUGUCGAAGCUCCACCUCCAAUCAAGCCUACAGACAACCAGUUAGCUUUAGCAGACAUAGAUGUAAUCAAAGUUGUUGGAAAGGGAAAUGGAGGGGUAGUCCAAUUGGUACAACACAAAUGGACUAGUCAGUUUUUUGCGUUGAAGGUAAUUCAGAUGAAUAUUGAGGAGUCUAUGCGCAAGCAGAUUACACAAGAGCUGAAAAUUAAUCAACAAGCACAAUGCCCUUAUGUUGUUGUCUGUUAUCAAUCAUUCUAUGAAAACGGUGUCAUAUCAAUCAUCUUAGAGUACAUGGAUGGAGGUUCCUUAGCUGAUCUGCUGAAGAAAGUUAAAACAAUUCCAGAGUCUUAUCUUGCUGCCAUCUGUAAGCAGGUGCUGAAGGGUCUAGUUUAUCUCCACCACGAAAGGCAUAUUAUCCACAGAGACUUAAAACCUUCUAAUUUGUUAAUAAAUCAUAUUGGUGAAGUAAAGAUCACUGACUUUGGUGUGAGUGCAAUUAUGGAAAGUACAUCUGGUCAAGCAAAUACUUUCAUUGGAACCUGCAACUAUAUGUCUCCAGAGAGAAUCAAUGGAAGCCAGGAAGGCUACAACUUCAAAAGUGAUAUAUGGAGUUUGGGACUAAUAUUACUUGAGUGUGCUUUGGGUCGGUUUCCAUAUGCACCGCCUGAUCAAAGCGAAACAUGGGAAAGCAUUUAUGAGCUUAUUGAAGCCAUUGUUGAGAAACCUCCUCCUAGUCCUCCAUCUGAACAAUUUUCUACAGAAUUUUGCUCAUUUAUCUCUGCAUGUCUUCAGAAAGACCCAAAGGAUCGGCUGUCAGCUCAGGAAUUAAUGGCACAUCCUUUUGUCAACAUGUAUGAUGACUUGGAAGUGGAUCUUUCAGCUUACUUCUCGAAUGCAGGAUCUCCUCUUGCAACCUUAUAAAAAUUUUCCUGCUUGCAAAUGAGGAGCGUUUGCAGAUGUGUUGAAGAACCAGCUCCUAGGGUCACGUCAAAGAUUCUGUAUUUAGUUGUUGAGUGAUUGAGUUCAAUUUGUUGAGAAACUCAGAUGCAAGGGUCAAGAAAUUGCAAUAGUUGACAUUUGAAGAAUUUUAAUGCUGAGGUUGAGUAUCAGGGGCUACUUGCAACAAAAUGUUUAAAAUUUAUGAUUGCAACAAAAUGUAUCACUAGGAUUUGCUUGAGUCGCUGAUAAUAUGAUCUGAUGUACAAAUUUUCAUGGGAUAAAAGUUUUGUCAGGCUGUCCCGAAUGAACGUUUUAUGAGUCACGCUAGCUGAACAGUUCCUCAAGUUAUAUUUGAGACUUCUUAUUUGGUUAAAACUUGUCAAAUUUCCUGAUUGAUGAUGGGGUUUUCAUUGCUUGCAAAUUUAAGACUUGGAGUUGGAACCAUUUUGUUA